UACAAUGAGCAGCUGUGUGUAACGCUUCGAUUAGAUUAUAAGUCUAUUUUUUGUUUUUUGAUCCCUUCUUUUAUUGAUUUAUUUAUUUUUCAUCCGAGGUGUUUUAUUUCCAAUUUUCUUCACAGUGUGUCACCAUGCGGAGAUUAGCGGCUGCGGUCAUCCUGCUGUCGCUUCUCAAAGUUUCGGUGUGUAUUCAGGUGAACGUUCCUGAGCAGGACCGCAGCACAACCCUGUUUGCCUCAGUGACCCUUCGCUGUGACUACUCCACCUCUGCUAACCUCCAGGAUGUGCUGCUCACCUGGAGGUUCAAGUCCUUCUGCAAGGACCCCGUGCUGGAUUACUACUCCACAGCGUACCAAGCCGCACUACAGUUAGGACAGGACCCUUCAAAUGACUGUCCUGACCGCCAGCGGACAGUCCGCACAGUGAUACAGAAGAAAGGCAGCAAUGAACCCACGCUGGGACCCGAAUAUCGGGUACGCAGGAUCACCAUCCAAAACAAGGCAGACUUGGUGAUCACUGAGGUGAUGUGGUGGGACAACGGUGUGUACUAUUGCUCUGUCGACGCCUCGGGAGACACUUCAGGAGACUCUGACAAAGAAGUCAAACUCAUUGUUUACCACUGGUUGACAGUGUUGCUCAUCGUCAUCGGAGCCCUCCUCCUCAUCCUCCUCUUCUGUAUCUGCUGCUGCCAGUGCUGCCCUCAGAGAUGCUGCUGCUAUAUCCGCUGUCCCUGCUGCCCGGAGCAAUGCUGCUGUCCUGAAAAAGCGGUGAUGCAACAUCGUAUGAUGAAGGACGCUCAGAGGGCCAUGGCUCCCUGGAUGGGAGGGCAGCCGUUAUAUGGACAGAUGAGUAAUGGAUCCCAGAUGAACCCAUUGCUCUACGCCGGAUCUGUUUCAGGGAAGAGCAUUCCGAUGAAGUCCAUGCCCCUCCCCCCUCCCAAUUCUUCAGCCUACAGCAUGCCCCCUCCUCCCAGUGCUCAUGGCACGCACACCCCUAAUCACAUGCUGGAUUACCUGGAGGGCCAGGUGAGGGGGAUGGACAUGGCCAGCCCUCUGAUGCAGUCCCAGCCUCCUCCACAGCACAUGCCCCCACCUCACAUGCAGCACAUGCCCCAACCUCACAUGAUGCAGCAGAUGCCCCCACCUCACAUGAUGCAGCAGAUGCCCCCACCUCACAUGCAGCAGAUGCCUCCUCCCCAGCACAUGUCCCAGCACAUCCCAUUUUCCCCUGGCCCUCCCAGCAUGAUCUCUGCUCUGGAUGAUGGCCCAACAGAGCGCCGUGUCAUCACACUUCCACCAAUAAGAGAGCAGCCAUCAGCUAGAACUGCACCCCCUGCACCAAGGACUCGGCCCCCCAGCUCCAGCGAGAGCAGCGGCUUCGGCCGAGGACCGGUGGGCAGGCGUAACGUCUCCCCCGCCCCGUCCAGAGGGAUUCCCAGGAGCUACAGUGAGGAGUCCCUAGACGGGAACAGGCGCAGUGGUCCAAAAGGGGGCAUGGUGCCCCGCUCCCGCUCCAGAGACGACCUGUUUGACAACAGGUCCAGAGGAAACCACUCUCCUCCAGCAUCACGGCACUCCAGAAGAGGGUCCUGGAGCUCGGAUGAUGAGGGCAGCAGCAGGAGAGGAGGAGGGAGGAGAGGAGGUGGAGGCUGGGUCGACCAACCCCCAAGCUACAGCGAGUACGAACCUGGAAAGAAACCAGGAGCACGGAGGAAUGAACACUACUCUAGACGCACAAUGCUUUAGUUGUAGACAGUGACACACACCAACGCACUUACGUCAAGACAAACGUGCACACCUUGAAACACGUGAUUAUAUAAAACAAGUGAUGCGGGUGAAGUGAAUCUAAAGUUAGUAUGUCUCUCUCAGGGCAAGAGUUCUCGCAGUGGCACCAGCAUCGUCAUCUGAAAGCUGCAGCUGUGAAAAGCCCUGUGACCUCUGCCCCAGGGAACAUGCACACCUCCCUAAAACCUGGAGCCUUGUUUUUUGGCUACUGGUAAACUUUGUAAUGCCAAUAUUUUAAUGUUUUUUAAAUGAUUCAUGAACUAACUCAACCAAAGUUGGCAGAAGGAAUUAUAUAAUGUGAAUAUUCCUCAGGUGUGCAGGAGGUAAAGCAAAUGUAAGAUGUAGGAAGAAAACCUAAAUGAUACCCAUAUGAUUGGUUUGCGUUUUUAGAUAUUGAUGUAAGAAAACUGCAAAAGUCUUCUAAUAGAGCUAUUUUGGGGAUGAUAUUUCCCUCUGCUGGUUCAUUGUUUUAUUAAGAUUUGAAAUAAUGCCUCCUGUUUGAUAGUUUUAUUUGGCUUUUCAUGUUUUUCUCUUGUAACCUUAUUUGUUUGGCAGUCAUACAGUUGAUUCUUAUGUUUUAAUGACACCAU